AUGGAGGAUGAAGAAGUGCUGUUACAAGGAGGAUCAAUAAACCCAGACGUCCAAGUGGAAAUCGAAGAUGAGAUCCAGGAUUGGAGAAACUUGUCAAAAGUAAAAGAUACAUCAUUACCAAAGCGUGGUGAAAAAGAUUAUGAACCAGAUGGAACAGACAUCCAACUGAAGAUCCUACAAGAUAGUCGAGACUCGAUGUUUGCCGCACUUGCUGGAAAUAGAGGACAUGUUUUGAAGCAACAUGUCAAAGCUGUUUGGAUCCCAUCAGUGAGGAAGGCAUUGAUUGAAAAACCAAAAGGUUCUUUUUUACAAACUUGUGGUGUUGUGGAUUCUAAUAAUAAAUGUUGGCUGAGUGCUGAAGAGUUUUGUUAUUUGGCCGAGAGAGGUACAGUGGAACCUUGGUUCGAAUCUAAAGAUGUUCCUAUGAGUAUACAGGCUGUUUAUGCUUGUUGUUUUGAGAAUGAAGAUGAAAUUGAUGAAUAUCACGUUUAUUCAUAUUUGAAGAGACAUGGGUUUAUAGUGAUGAGAAAUGAUCCAACAAGAUAUGAAAGCAAGAUUGAAAACAUAAAAGUGAAUCCACUGGUGGAUCUAUCAAUUUUCAAAAACUUGUACAAUAGAAUAAUCACACUUUGGACAAAUUCACCAAUAAUCAACAAGAUCAACACUUUUUUACAAAAUUGGGGCAUCCAAUCAUUCCCAUCAUUUCACCCUUCCCAUUUCACAUCAUCAAAAUAUAUAAACUAUACUCAGAUAUACAAUUCGAUCAAACUCAUACCAUUUCAUAAAGUGAAAGAUCAACAACAACAAGAAACCCCAUCACCAUCAUCAAAAAUCUCAUUAACAUUUGAUAUAUGGAAACCAGACCCAAAAUUCAGUAAAAAAACACCACCACCACCAGAUUUCCAAGUCAUUGUGAAGAAUACAAACAAGUAUAACUUCCCAACAUUAUCCCAAUUACGAGAAAUUUUCUCAAAUACUCAAUAUAAAGAUAAAAAUAAAAAUUUUGAUGAACAACAACAACAAAAAAGAUUGAAAAAUGGAUAUAGAUACAUUUUAAUAGCCAUGAUAGAUUACGGGAUCAUCAAUUUUGUUAAAGUCUCUGAAGCUGAUUUUGGGUCUGAAGAUGUUUGGUAUAUACCAUCUGCUAAAGAUUUCAAACCAAAGCAAAGAAAAAAAUUUAAUAAAUGA